AAAUGACGGCUCCUUUCUUGGUGAGCAAGACUAGGGUAGACUCGACUAGACGUCAAUAAUUAAUGGCGGCGAGAACUGCAGCGGCGCGCAUGACUCGUCUGUGUCCGGCGACGAUGGAGAAGCUUGCUCGGGCUAAUCCUCGUUACUUCAGCGACGGCAAAGGCCGCAUACUCAGCGAGGAGGAACGGGCCGCCGAGAACGUCUACAUCCAGAAAAUGGAGAGGGAGCGGUUGGAGAAGCUGAGGCGAAAGGCCGAGAAGGAGAGGCUGGAGGCGGAGAAGGCCAAGUCCGAGAUAAAAACCGAGGAACCUCACUAGUUCUGAUGCUUUUAAUCGUCAAUCCAGCAGGCACUCCGACAUCUAUAAGAUCAAAUGGUUGGCUUAGCUUGUUUCUGAAGAACGUUGAAUGAUAUAGCUGUGUUAAAAUCGAUGAAACGCUGCUGUAGUAGCUUCUCUUGCGUGGAUGUAUGUGUAUAUUAUACUCAUCUGUAUAUGCCUGUACAUUAAUCUUUUAUUUUGUUUUCGGUGAGAUGGAACUUAUUUCAAGCA